ACUUCUCUACAACCUUCUGGUCACCCGGGGUAUGUGUAUCUGUCUGAACACGCCCUAGUUGACAUCCUCUGGGCGAACGAAGAUACCAAGCAGCUACUGGAGCGUAUUCUGCCUCUCGACAAUCCUUCCAAGACUGCAAUGUUUGAAUGUGUACAGGGAACAAAAGGAGUUUUGAUACAGGCUCUCUUUUGUGAGAUUGGAGGUGAUCGCAUGGUUCAUGGAUAUCGAGACAAAGUAUCCCUGCAGUCGCAGGACAAAGAUAUAACUCGGUUCAACCUCAAAGGAACGAUUUCUACUAACGGCCUUGUUUUGAAUCUACUCGCCUAUGACACAACCCAGACGACGAGACAGCGGCAGUCUGAUGUAGAUGAAGAAGACUCCAGCCAAGAACUGGAGCUUUCUCAGGGAUUUCUCAACACGACGUGUUCAAAGGCAGCCGGUGAAGACCUGACAGAUGAAGACUACGCAAACUUAAACUGGAAGAGGAGCUCCAAACUGCUUGAAAACGUUGAGCUCACAUUCAACGAACCAGAGCGAUGCCCAUCCGCAAACACCACAACUAUCGUCAGAUGCGAUCCUGGUAUUGUUAACGCCUUUAGGUUUUCCUCGCUGGACCCUCACAACCCUAACUUGCGACAAACGGUGAAGGUGAGAAGCAGGUUCCUGUACCUUCCCGUCCUCCGCUUCAAUCACCUGUUGAACAAAAGGAAGCAUGAGAGCGCCAUCCCUGUGUUUGAAAGGGAUACGUACAAUGAGUACUUUCAAUGGGUGAACGAGGAGUCCCAGACAGGAUCAAAGAAUUUGGAUGUGCUUCAAGAGUUCUAUGAGUUCCGAUGGCACCUAAAAAAAUGGAACUUACGAGAGGUUCAACGAGCUACGUUCGACUACGCGGUGCAGCGAGUGUUGAAGAUGCUCGGGGAAAAAGGAAUGCUUGUCGUAGGCCUAGGGCCCUUUGAAAGGUCGCACAGAUUUUACACCAGCGCCCGCUGUCCCCGACCCCUCUGCGAUAGCUUUUUAGAGACGGUGUACCCUCGCUCUAAAUGUUGCCGUGCUUGUAAGGUAUCCUUCGACCGUGACGCAAUAGGAGCGGAAAACAUCGCAAGAAUCGGUCUUGCUCAAAUUGAGAGGCAGGAGAGACCUGCAAAGUACAAACUCACGGAAGAUUCCUCUGCGAAGCGCGCUCAAUGCUACACCCUCAAAAAAUUU